AUGCCACCUGACCUUCCAAAGGGCCCACCAUUUUGGCAGAGACUUAUUGUAGGUACUGCAGCCGUCGGAUUGGGUGUAUAUGCCUUCUUAGAUGCUCUGAAAGAAUUUGAACUUAUUAAGUUUACUCCAUUUAGUGAGGAAGAAAUUGCUCAAAGAAAACUUGAAAAUAGAAAAUUAUCAAUAAGACAACUUGAACAAGUCACUUUGGAUUAUACUCCUGAAGCAAAGGAAAAGUUUAGAAAAAGAGCAGAACAACUUGAGAAAGAAAAGGGUUCCUAA